AUGGGGAGAAAGUUCAAAAGAGAUGGCAACAAGAACAAGACUCAAGAUGUGAAGGGGGUCAGAGGCAAUUAUCACUUGGAUGAGAUCAUCAAGGAGAACGACAUGGUCUUUGACUACUACAAGAAGCAAGGUGUUAUUCAUGGUGACGAGUGGAAUGAUUUUCAAAGUAUUUUGAAGACAGAUUUGCCUUCCGCUUUCCGAAUUCAAAGCUCAUUGGAGUAUGUUACAGUGAUUUAAAUUCAUUCUCAUUUUUCGAUUCUCUGAAAUUAUAAACAAUGUUUUUCAGAGAACGAGAUGUACUGGAUUCUGUUUUACACAGUAAAUUCAUCGAUGGACUUAAGUCGAACCCAGAUGUGACAGCGGUACCAGAGAAGCUGAGUUUUGUACCAUACGCGUACCAAAUGAAUGCCUCGAGGGCUGAAGUGAGAAGUGUUCAAGCUUUGAAGGACUUGCAUGAGUUUCUCAUUAGUGAGACUGAAAUCGGCAACAUUUCAAGACAAGAAGCUGUAAGUUAUCAUAAUGACAAUAUUAACUAAUGUUUAGGUCUCCAUGGUACCUCCUUUGUUAUUAGACGUUCAACCCGAGCACUUGAUCCUGGAUGCUUGUGCUUCACCUGGUAGCAAAACGACUCAAAUCAUUGAAUUGAUGCAUAAAGACAACCCUAAUCCAUGUAAUUAUUUGAUUAUAAUACUGAUUUACCAUAGCGUAUAACUUCUUAAAAUUAUUUUAAAAUAUUUUUCAGCUGGACUUCUCGUGGCGAAUGACAUCAACAACCAAAGAUGCUACUUGCUUGUUCAUCAAACGCUAAAACGUCUUCCAACUGCUAAUUGUGUGGUCGUGAAUCAAGAUGCUUCUGAAAUGCCAGCGAUCAUAAACGAAAAAGACGAGCCAAUUUUGUACGACAGAAUACUGUGUGAUGUCAUAUGCAGGUAAGCCUUGCUUUAAAGGUUAUACCUUAAUGUUUUAGUGGUGACGGAACGUUCCGUAAGAACUUGGAGUUGUGGAACUCCUGGAACCCACAAAAAGGUCUGAAUCUGCACAAGAUUCAACAAAACAUCGCCCGAAGAUGUCUGGAGCUACUGAAAGUGGGCGGGCUAAUGGUAUACUCAACAUGUUCUUUGAAUCCAAUUGAAGACGAAGCUGUUGUAGCUCACAUGUUGAAGACAUACGAGGGUGCUUUUGAGCUAGUAGAUGUCAGUGACAAGCUCCCUGGACUGAAGCGAUCUCCUGGAUUGUCUACUUGGAAGGUAUGACAUUAUACUUUUGAAUAAUAUAAGCUUGUAGGUAUUCAACGCUGAAAUGAAGGAAUACGAAAACAUGGCCUCGUGCAAUGACAAGUUCAUCGUCCCUUCAAUGUUCCCACCGUCACCAGAAGUUGCUGAGAAUCUCCAUCUCGACAGAUCUUUCAGAAUCUUGCCACAUGCCCAGAAUUCUGGUGGAUUCUAUGUGGCCGUAUUCAGAAAGAUCAAGGAGAUACCUAUAUCAUCCCGUGCCACAGCUAAGUACAUACGGUAGGUAUUUUUAAGGCCUUUUUUGUCUGGUUUUUUUAAAUCUGUAUCUGUACUAUGUUGCAGCCCUCCACCACAAAAGAAGCGCAAGUUUAACAAAGAAGACCCAUUCGUUUUCCUAGAUUCAGAAGUCAACGAUCUGAAGAGCACGUUGAAGGAACACUUUGGGAUUCAAGAUGACUUUCCCUACAACAACUUACUGGUUAGAGUUGCCAACGUGGAGAAGAAGAAGGGUAUCUACUACGUCAACGACCAGCUACGUAACUUCUUGAAGUACAAUUUGGAACGUUUCCAUCUGGUCAAUGCUGGAGUACUACUGAUGAAGAAGGUUGCUAAAGUGUCCCCCUGUGAUUACAGACUUUCACAAGAUGUAUGUUCUUAACGUUAGAUUAUAUCUUUACAUUAUAACCAUUGGAAUCUCUAUUGUUUCAGGGAAUAUCAUUCAUUUCCACAUACAUCAACAAGAGGCAAAUAGAGGUGAACGAGGAUGACAUUGCUCGUAUUCUCCUUGGGGUCAACGACCAACAUUACGUCGGCUUCGAACAUCUGGAUGGCAAAGACAAGUUCGCCGGCCUUGAUCCAGGUACUGUGGUGCUGGUGGUCGAUAUCAGAGGCAUAAAGAAGAAGAUCUGCGCCUGGAUGGGAGCUCAAACCAUCUCAGCCUUUGUGAGUCGGGAGGAGAAGAUACACUUGCUUACCUUGCUUGACAAAGAUACCACCCCAUUACGAAGCCAGGCUAUAUCAUCCAGGAGAGCCAAAGCUGAUAAGGGACGAUUCCAGCAAGAUAUUGACGCUGAAAAGGUAGAAGUGGAGGAUUCUGGAGAUGUGCCAACCAACGGGAAUUUUGAAGAGGCUCAAACUGAUUAAUGUUCUCAAUAUAUGGUUAACGUUGUUUUGUUGUUGAUUAAAUUGUUUGUUGUUACAGUUGUCGGCUUCGUUAUUGGUUAAGGGCAUCCUGUUAUUAUUUGUAGCUAAGAAUUGUGAGUAAAGACAAGAAACUUCAAAAAUUACUUUAAAAAACGUUUUUAAAUAUCUAAGAUAUUUUAGAUGAUUGUAAAGUACUGUAUCGUAGUAGAAGAGUUUAGUCCGUCAGAAGAAGACGUAGAAGCAUGUCCAGUCCCCCUUGAGUCUCUAGCAAUUGGAGAUAUUCUCCAGAUUCUGUCUUCUACCGAAGGCUGGUACUUUGGUAUUAAAAUAGGGUCCCACGAGUGUAUGUUCUCACAUUCGUGUGUGGUGCCGUUAGAUCUGGACCAAACAGAUGGACUCAAUUUGGACAUGUUUUUGUCGAUACACAGCUGGAAUCAGGCGAUCACCAAGAUGUUUCAAGAAUCUGUAGAAUCAGUCAAUGAUAUGAGCAAAGUAAUGGUGACGUACCUACAGAGUAUAUCUCAUAACGAUCUCAAAAACAACAUUCAGAUGCUCGACAUUAACUCCAAACUAGGUCUUCCCUUCUUAGUAUCUUCUGUCACCGAAUAUGACAAAACUGACAUAAUAGACUUCCACAAAACAUACGACACGGCACAGACACAAACCAUCAAACAGAUCAGUGGAGUACUCCCUUCCAACGAGUCCAACAACUUCAACGUGCUCGUCAAACUAAAGCCUCAAUUCACGCAUAACUACAUGAUUACUGUAACUCUACUAGAUGGGCGGUCUACUUUCCCUCUGUUCCAGAGUUUCUCCUGUUGUUCUGACGAUGCUUCUUCCGAAUUCAUUUACAAUCGAGUGUCUACUGAAGACUACCAUCGUCGAGAACUUUCUUUCCACUUUCAGCUGUUCGACGUCGCUUCUAAGACUCAGCCGAAGCGAUUCGUGACUUCUGUAAUCAAGAAGUUCCCUUUAUGUACGUCGCAAACUGGGAAUCUGAAGGCAGAAGUUGUGUUUGAUGACAUUACAGGGCUAAUACAACUAGACUUAUACUACAAUGAGUUUGAUGAGUCAGCAAUGACCUUGCAAAGACUAUUUCUGACUUCUGAUGACUCCAGAAACGAGACUUUCGUUGUCAUCAGUUUGCCCGAUUCUUCUUUUCGAAACGAAGAUAUUGUGGUACAGGGAGAACUCUGGAGUAACCUGGAUGAAGUCAUAAACGUAAGCGAGUUUUCAUACUACACUUCACUUUAUUUUUAACAAUUUGAAAUGUAUUGUGUUUGAAGCUGAUCAUUCAUAUUUAGGAAGGAUUAGUAAAACGAUCGAAGAAUGGCCCAUCAGCAGUACGACAAUUCCGAACACUAGUGCCGUCUAAAUGUAAAUACGACGAAAUCGUGGAAAUGUCAUUGCCUGACAAUGAUAAUAAAGACAUUCAUCUCCGAAUCACGGUGUACGACCUCCACGAUAACAUCAUAGGACUGUCAUUUCUGAAUGUGAUCGAGCACGGUGUCUUACUGAGUGAUGGCAGAUACGAACUUAACAUUUACCGUACUGAAUUGGUGAAUGAACUAAAGGCCCACUCUUACCUCAAACUACCGUCGUUAAAGCGAGAUGUAGACUUGUCAAGUGUGCACGGUAACUACAACAUCAUUGAUUCUACUUUCAUCAGCUGUUUGUCGUGCUCCGUAUCUUCUGUCUUGUCUCAGAACAAGAUUCUGAUGCAGUAUCUGAGAGCAAACGACGAAAGCGACCUAGUAGGCAUCACUUCUACACUCUCUGGCGCCAACCCAUUCGACUUCAAGUAUCUGAUGCCUCAGAUCAUGGACAAGACCUUCUUCUUGCUCAGAAGUUCCGAACGCGUCUCCUUGAUGGCCUUCGACUUCUUGACCUGCAUCUUCCAUUGGUACGACAGUGAACUCUACAAUCAUAUCACAGACGCCGUGAACGACUGUCUUGCCAACUUCAGACAUCCGCACGCUGACAAAAUACUUCUGCGGCAUCUGAAGGCCAAGUUCAAAUCAUUCAACGACCACCCUGAGUACGGACACGCUAAACUCGACCUCAUCAAAGUGUGUAGCUCCAUCCACAAACUCAUCGAGUUCAUCACAGCUGCCAGAACGUGUGGUGUUUCUGGUCUGGAAGGUCUUUCCGAAGAGUUCGAGGAGGUCAUGACUCUGGCACUGUCGUCUGUAGCUGCGGACAAUGAAAUCUGGAGACACAUCCCCGAGUUAGCGAGGAUGAUUGAUCCCCUGCUGGAGUACGAAGUGUUCGACAGUGAUGUUAUCUACGAGUUCGUGGAGAAGGUCCUUCUCACGCUGUCCGAGGAGAGAACGGUAGUCAAAAUCGGGUUCCUGGGCAACGUUCUCAAGUCGAAACUCUUCAAGACAGAUUGCAACUUGGGCAUUCUGAAGACCAUGAUCAACUACAUCUGUAACGUACUCAAUUCGGCCAUAAAACAACCCAAGAACGCUGAGCUGCUACGGCUAUUGUUGUCUACGUUGUACGAUGUUCUCAAGUUGAUUCAACGUUUUUCGGUGUUCCGAAUGGAAGUUCUGACGUUCUUUAUCAACAACUGCUUCGAGCCUAUCGUUGACUUGUUCUUGCUCAUGUCAGCUACAGGCCUUCAACGUAGCUUCAUCAUCUACAUCAUGGCCGUGUGUGACAUGUGUAAUGCCGAGAUCUGGAGUAUCUACCGACAGAAGGCUUCUGACUUCUCAACUUUCUGUAACAACCUUCUGGAGGCAUUUGUGGUCAUCUGUAAGAACAACAGUAUCCCAGCAUCAUGGACUCUGCUCGUGUCUCAGAUGUAUGUCAUCAUGAUGGGGUCAGUUAUGGCUAUACAAAACAUUGCCAUACGACAAGGAAUUACCAUCUUGGACAGUAGUAAUAUGUUACAGUUACUCAACCAUGUAAAAUCACAUCUUGAUUCCGAUGCUAGCCACAGUAGUCUGUUACUACAACGUUUCACUACAGUAUUCCAAGACUAUGUAUCUACAGUAGACUUCCACCAGCAACUCAAUCUUGUCGUUUCUUUUGGAGAAGCUUCGAAUCCGUAUUUUAGGAAUACUUUGAUCAGCUUUAUGAAGUCGACUCGUUUUGUUGAAGCAAUGGAUACGGUAUUCAUGUAAGUGAUACAAUGCAAUUCCUAUAUAUCUUAACAUCUAUAUUCUAUCCUUGUAUAUUGGUUGACUUUCAGGUGUUUCUGGGAGCUCCCAACAUCAGAAAGCCAUAUGGAUCUUGUUCAAGAGUUGUGUAAUCAUGCCUACCACACCUCCUCACUGGAGCACAAAACGAUGGAGGUAUUCUCUCUUCUCGUAGCUGCCCUGAUUCAGUACAAAAAAUACAAAAAGUUGGACGAGGGAUGGAUGUACACAUUGAUAUCUCUAUCACAAAUACGAUCUUUCGCAUCUCAACGUGGACUUCACAAGUCUUGGGCUACUGUAGUUAAAGAAUCACACGAUAUUCUGAUUUACAACCAGAACCUUAAUGAAGCUGGAAAGCUUCUAGAAUAUGCUACAGAAGAGAUACAGUGGUGUAACAGUAAACUGAGUGAGAAACACCAACAGUUGCAGAUUGCUUUCGGUACUACAACAUCGUCCCAGAAAGAACUCAAAGAAACUUUCUUCCUGAAGGCGGUAGAAUACUUUGAAGCCGAAGAGUUAUACGAACUCUCUAUUCGGCUACACAAAGAGCUUCUGGCUGUCUACGAAUCAGUCUUCUAUGAAUAUGACCGUGUAGCCGAACUGAUGACAAAGUUGAGUACGUUGUACGGUAAUGUGGCAAAGAAGCAGAGAAUGGAGUACCACUUCUUUUUGGUGGGAUUCUACGGAAUCGGUCAUCCGGAGCCGCUACGGAACAGGAGCUUCAUCAUGAAGGGAGAGAAGCUGGAACUGUGGGAUCAGUUCCGACAGAAUAUUCUACAUACGAUGGGUGGUGAAUAUCUGGACAUCAUGAAGCAGAUCGAAGCCGGUUUCGUUCUAAAUCCGCCACGAUUGAAUAGCCGACAUAUCGCAGUAAGUUCUGUUAUCAAUAAUUUGAAUUGAAGUCACUGUUGAUGUAUUACAUUAUGUUUAAAAUACUAACUUUCAGGUCAUUCCCCUGAAUCCUGUAAUCUCUUCUAUGGAGUACAACCAAGAACUGGCUAAAAACCCAUUGUUGGCAUGGUACUACAAACACAACGACUUGGCCAUCUUCGAGUUACAUCGACCCUUCCAGCUCAAACAGUCCGAGUUCACGACAUUGGAAGUGUCGGAGACAAACUCGACAUGGAUAAAGCCUUUUCGGUUCUCAAUCUACAACACUUUGCCUGGUAUACUUCCAUUCGGCCAAUUGGCUACAUUUACCGUACUCAAUCACAUGAAUCCCAUUCAAGUAAGUUAGCAGGAUACAUUUCCUUUCAAUUCCCUUUAUAUUACUCAAAAUGGCUAAAACAUUAUUCAGGUGGCGUGCUACAACUUGAAGGAGAUGAACAACAAGUUGUUUUACUACACAGAGAUGCUCAAAAAACAGUUUAAAGAGUUCGAAAUGGCUUUACAUGGUCAAGUCCGUGGUAUCUUGCAAGCCGACGUCGGUGGUGGCGUUCAAAAUUAUUUGGUAGGUUUUAAUGCAAAACGCCAUCUAAUAAUUUAUGUUUCUUAAGCUGCACUUAAAAAAUUACGAAAAUUUGAGCAAAAUAAAAAUUUUAGAAAUUUUUCGACCAAAUCAACGCAGAAGAACACACUACAGAACUGAACGACUUGUUAACCACAAUAUGUCAACACCUCUCUAUUCUGGAAGAAAGUGUUGACGUCUGCCGAAGAAAUAGCCCGGAGUCGACUUUCGUACAGUUUAUCGUUGAAAGCUUUAACACUUACAAGGCCAAGUUGGCCGACCACAUAUCGCAAGCUCAGUCUAACAUAACCUCAAAAUACCCUCCCUUGCCUGCACGAACAUCUGCUUUACAUUCCAACAAACUACGCGUAAAAUAA